AUGCGUUUCAACGCUAUUUGGGCAUACCUCGCCUUGUCUCUUGUCUCUGCUGUAUAUGCUGCCCCUCUUUCGGAAGCUGACGCAGGCAUUACAACACUUGCUCGUUCCGAUUUAUCAUCUGUUUCACAUGCUCGAAGGGAUGGUGGAGAGUAUGUCGCCACAUUAACAUUAACGAAAUCUGGAGGUGGGCGUGGGCGUGGACCUGUGCGCAGACCCAAAGCCAAAGCCGCUACCCCUAGUGACAUAGCCCGUGUCAAGGCACUCAUUAUAAGAGCGGCUAAGGAAAAAUGGGAUCAGAAUAUCGAUCCUUCGGAAAUCAGGAUUGUUGGCAAUCAGUAUACGAGCAACACCAAUGCUGUUCCCUUCACACUGGAAGCGCCUGGUCUCAAAGAGUGCGACCCCAUACCGUGCAAAGGGGAGGCACUUUAUCACGUUUCAAACUCGAAAAAUGAGCCUGAGCUGGGGGCGGGAAAGAUUUUUUCACAAGGUUAUCCAUCCGAGAUAAUCUAUGAUUCUGCCAACGAGAAUCGCAGAAGGCCCAUGCAUGCAUUUGUCGAAGGAUUUCAGUAUGGACAGGCGACAGCGACACUUGAAGAGCAAGGAUUCCAGGCAUCCCUGCUUGAGACAGAGAUUAAAAAUUUCUCCAAGCCGAGAGCCAAGCUAGCCAAAGCUGUUUCCAAAAUAAGGAUCGCGCUACGCAUUCUUUAUGUGCCCCCUGCUGAGGUCGAUGGUCCUCAGCGCCCAUAUCCUCCUCACAGGACGUCCAUCCCCGAUGCCAAGAAACCAGACCAGUUUGAACGUUCUACAGCAGAGAACAUACCGUCUGAAUUCUCGGAGCGAGUCGACGCAACCGCAGCAGGGUACCUGGGUACAGAAUUCAGCAGGUCUGGGAAGAUGUCAGCAAAGGCGAGUCGUGCUCAAGCGAGAGCACGUACCUUGUAUGCGCAUCAAGGGAUUACCCGCAUGGAAAAUCCUCGGAGUGCUGGUCGCUACUGGGGAAAGCAGGCAAUGCAGCGGGUUGACGAUCCCAGCCGGACCAGGCGAGGUCCGGGUGGAUGGUCAAAGGCAGCUAGACGACGAGGCACCAGGCAGUCUGAUAGUGAGACGAGGAAGAUCCGGUCACUCUGUCAGGCACCCGAAUUGGGGAGCCGUGUGUCCGAGAGAGUGAGCGUGGUCAUCCCCAUCCAACCAGUCGUUGAACAGAGGGCCAGUGGCAGGAGGAGGCCGAGGAGGUGGGAAGGAAGCAACCUGGUCCCAUUGUUUGUCCUCCUCAGGCAUGUUGUUGAGAGCAGCGGGGUCGAGGUUGGAAGGUUUGUUGGACCUGGACAUCGCACGCGUUACGCGAGUCCUCCCACGAAAGGGGACUUAGGGGCCAGCCAUAUUGGAAGCAAAAUCUGGGGUGAACUGGCCAUGGGUAUAUGCACAGAACGAGAGAGAGCUAAAAGGCGAUGUACACAAAAUUCAGGGAGGGUGUCAGAGAGGUCACACAGAAACUGGGUGCACAAAAAUGAAGAACUAAAAGUCUCUGUGUUGACGAAGUGUGCGCUCACUGAUAUGAGUGAGGUGGACGUACGAGGCGGCCCGAUUGCACAGCUUGGGGAGCCAUCAUGAACAUUGAAAACACAUAUUCGGCUUCUUCCGAUCGCCGAAUCCUUGACCACCCGAAAGUCGACAUUUAUCAACCAACACAUUUGCCGUUGAACCCGCCAGUGGUCAGGAGUGAUAAUAUCAAUCGAGGAAGACUGUGGAUCAGGAUAUCCUCAUCU